CAACUCUCACGAGAAGACGCGAGAUGCAAGAUGGCGCCCCCCUUUCUGACUGCUAACUAAACAAACUUCUCUCCUCAGACGUUGAACCUCUCCGUUUAAUUUGAUUUUUCUUCAUCCGCUGAUUCUUUGUUUUCACCACUAAACGAACUGGACCAUCUGGAACAUUACAUGUCGUCAAAGAAUCUGCAUCAUGAACAACGACAAUGAUGUCGGCACGAAAACGGGCAAAGCUAGCUCCACAUCGAGCAACAAAAGGCGGCCUGGUCCACUCCCCAGCUCAGUGUUCCCUGCAGGCGUCCAGCAGCUUUUGGUGAAUAAAGAAGAGGUUUCCUCUGAGCGGAGCCCCAGCCUGGACCAAGAGUACCCAAAGCCCAUACACAUAAAAGAGGAACAGGAGGAAUUCUGGACCAAUCAGGAGGGAGAGCAGCGUCAUGGGGAUGAGGGGGCUGAUAUUCACAGGUUCCCAUUCACUGCUGUCAUUGUCAAGACUGAAGAUCAUGAAGAGAAACCUGAGACUUCACAGCUUUAUCAAAGUCAAACUGAGGGCAACACAGAGGCAGAGCCUCCAGCCAGCAGCUCAACAACACAGAUAAAAACAGAAACCGAUGAUGAGGACUAUGGAGGAUGUGAACCUGCCAGGAAUCGAGAUCCAGUGUUGCCUGCAGAUGUCCUGCAGCUGUUGGUGGUUAAAGAAGAGGUUUCCCCUGACUGGAACACCAGCCUGGACAAGGCUGACCCAGAACUCCUACACAUAAUAGAGGAAGAACUCUGGACCAGUCAGGAGGGAGAGGAUCUUAAUGGGCGGGAGGAGGGUGAUAUCACUAGGAUCACCUUCACUACUGUCACUUUGAAGUGUGAAGAUGAUGAGAAGCCUCAGCUUCCACAGCUACAUCAAAAUCAAACUGAGGAAAACAGAGAGACAGAAACUCCAACUAGCGGUUUAGCAACAGAAAUUAGAACAGCUGAUGGAGAGGACUGUGGAGGAUCUGAAUCUGCCAGGAACCAAGAUCUGGAUUGUUAUCCACAACCAAAUACUGUGAUCCAUGCAGAUUUCCAGCAGCUGUUGGUGAUUAACAAAGUGGCUUCCCCUGAGUGGAGCCCCAAGCUGGACCAGGAGGAUGCAGACACUGUACACAUAAAAGAGGAACUCUGGAACAGUUCGGAGGGAGAAACUCAGAAACUUCAUGGACUGGAAGAUGCUAAUAUGAGUAGGUUCCCAUUCUUUGCUGUCACUGUAAAGUGUGAAGAUGAUGGCGAGAAACCUCAGUCCUCACAACUUCAUCUAAGUCAAGUUGAGGAAAACACAGAGGCAGAGCCUCCAGCCAGCAGCUCAACAACACAGAUAAAAACAGAAACCGAUAGAGAGGACUGCGGAAGAUCUGAACCUGCCAGGAACAGAGAUCAAGAUAGUCAUUCACAACCAAAUACUGAUGAAAAGGCUUCAGAUUGUUCUGGGACUGGAGUAGGUUAUAAUGACUGGCAGGAGCCUUUGUCUAAUUCUGGAACUGAAACUGAAGACAGUGACAGUAGUUGGGAGGAGGCCAGGGCACCGGGGUCAGAUGUAAAUGCUCUUGUGGGAUGUGACACUGGAAAAAAACGCUACAGCUGCUUUGAAUGUGGUGAUGGAUUUCAGUACAAGGGGUCUCUUCAGAGACAUAUGUUGUGUCACUUAGGCAACGGGUCCUCCAGCAGUUUGGCUAAUAAGAAAUGUUAUGGAAUUAAGCAAAAAGCAGAUUCAGAGAUCAUAGUCCACACAGGAAAGACACCAUUUGCCUGUGUCCUUUGUAGGAAAAAAUUUACCCAUCAGCAAAGUCUGAAGAGACACAUUAGAGUCCACACGGGAGAAAAACCAUAUGGGUGUGAUGUUUGUGUUAAAACAUUUAAACAUCAAGAAAGUCUGAAGAGACACAUGAGAGUCCACACGGGAGAGAAACCAUUUGGUUGUGAUGUUUGUAGGAAAACAUUUGAUAAUCAGCAAAGUCUGAAGAGACACAUGAGAGUUCACACAGGAGAGAAACCAUUUGGUUGUGACAUUUGUGGUAACAGCUUCAAAGAACAAGGAAAAUUAAAAAGACACAUGCGAGUCCACACAGGUGAAAAACCAUUUGGUUGUGAUGUUUGCAGUAAAAGAUUUACACAUCAGGAAAGUCUGAAGAAACACACCAGAAUCCAUACAGGAGAGAAACCAUUUAAUUGUAAUGUUUGUGGGAAAAGAUUUACACAUCAGGAAAGUCUGAAGAAACACAUGAGAAUCCACACAGGCGAGAAACCAUUUGGCUGUGAUGUUUGUAAUAAAACAUUUACACUGCAGGAUAGUCUGAAGAAACACAUCAGAGUCCACACAGGAGAGAAACCAUUUGGUUGCAAUGUUUGUGGUAAAAGAUUUACAGAACAGGGAAAUCUGAACAAACACACAAGAAUCCACUUGGGUGAGAAACCAUUUCGUUGUAGUGUUUGUAGUAAAAGAUUUACAGAACAGGGACGUCUGAAAAAACAUGUCAGAGUCCACACAGGCAAGAAAAAAUCAGAUAUUCUGAAAAAUGUGUGAUCUUUUUGGUCAAAGAUUUACACAACAGGGUGAAGACACGUGAAAAUUUAGGUUUUAAAUGUUUCAGUUGCAGGGAUGUUGUAAAAUAUUAUGUGGUCUUCUGUAGUUUCAUUGUAGUUUUGAUUAGGCUUUAUCUGUUUCUCAAAUGCUUACUUUCUGUUUUUCCUUUGACAAAAAAAUGUCCCAAAAGGUUUUUCCUCAUCCAAGUUGUAGGAUUUCUGAGACUCAACUCAUAGAACCUCACAACUUACCACAUGUUAUCGAUUGUGUGCACCAUCACAUUCUAAAUGUCCAUCAGUAGCUUCAUUCACACUGCCGUUUGGAUGUGGGGAUCCUGUGCCAGUCCUAUCGACUCUUCCUCACAUUUUGGCCCGAAAAACAGCGCCUGUCAUGGGCAAAAAACUUUAACUCACCAAGUGUUUGUGUUGAAAGAAAUCUCUGCGACGGUCAGGCCUCACAACCGAGACUUAAGUGAACUAACCCCCAGAAAACAGCCUCCGUCCCCAUGAGUGAGAGAAUCAGACAUGAUCUCAUUGCUGAUUGAAAAUAUGUAAUUAUGUAGUUUAGAGGAAAAAUAUAACUUUUGUCACUUUCCAGGAUGUUUGGUGGGUCAGGAUUUCACAACACAUCCGCGGAACUAUCCGUGGGUUUAGAUUGACAGGAGGACACCGGUGAAACAUCUUGAACACACACAGCUGUCAUCAUAGUGAUAUGUGCAAUCAUGCCUCUUUAGGAGCCACAGUGCCAGCUUUCUGUGUGAAUUACACGUUGGUUAAUCUUUAAGGCAGCGAGGCUUUGCUCUGUGUUAAUCACCGACAGUGGAGAAUUGACAAACUGCUGCUAUGGCAUUAAUGUGUCUUCUCUGUGUGAAAGGGGCUACUGUUGAUGCAAGUUGGCCCUGUUUCCUAGUGGUCCGAUCCCACAUUGUCUGCACUCAACAUCAACAUCUGCACCGAAUCUUCAUGCCAUUUAUGGUGUGCCACUGCUUAUGUUUUGGAUGCUGCCAAUUCAACUCACCAGUUGAGCAAAUAAGUCUAGAGUUCCUUUUUUACUAACUUGCUGUAACAUCAACGUCCUUAAGAGCCAAAUAUAAUUUCUUAUCUUAACUGAAAUUUAAAGGUGGGUAGAUCCUCUUUUACAAUGACUGACAAGUUUAUGAAUAUAAAAAUUCUAGUCAAAAUGGAGUUCAUAGAAGAUA